AAACACAGCUGGACUCCAUAUUUAUGCUUCUUGAGGAACACAUUGUCAGUUUUGUGAAGAACGAGCUGAAGAAGAUCCAGAGAGUCCUGAGUCCAGAUUACCUAGAAUGCUUGGAGAGUCAGAGGGAGGAUGAGGAGGUGUUGGAUGGUGAGGAUGAGAAGCAGAGGAGGAGCAGCAGAGAGGCAUUUCUGAAGAUCACACUGAACUUUCUGAGGAGAAUGAAGCAGGAGGAGCUGGCUGACUGUCUGCAGAGCAGAACUGUUGUACCAGUGUGGCGUCGUAAACAUAAGUCUAACCUCCAGAAGAAGUUCCAGUCUGUGUUUGAGGGAAUCACUAAAGCAGGAAACCAGACCCUUCUGAAUGACAUCUACACAGAGCUCUACAUCACAGAGGGAGGGACUGCAGAGGUCAAUGAUGAACAUGAGGUCAGACAGAUUGAAACAUCAUCCAGGAAACCAGACAGACCAGAAACAAGAAUCAGACAAGAAGACAUCUUUAAAGCCUCACCUGGAAGAGAUGAACCAAUCAGAACAGUGCUGACAAAGGGAGUGGCUGGCAUUGGGAAAACAGUCUUAACACAGAAGUUCACUCUGGACUGGGCUGAAGACAAAACCAACCAGGACAUUCACUUCAUAUUUCCAUUCACUUUCAGAGAGCUGAAUGUCCUGAAAGAGAAAAAGUUCAGCUUGGCGGAACUUGUUCAUCACUUCUUUACUGAAAUCAAAGAAGCAGGAAUCUGCAGGUUUGAAGAGUUCCACGUUGUGUUGAUCUUUGACGGUCUGGAUGAGUGUCGACUUCCUCUGGACUUCCACAACACUGAGAUCCUGACUGAUGUCACAGAGUCCACCUCAGUGGAUGUGCUGCUGACAAACCUCAUCAGGGGGACACUGCUUCCCUCUGCUCGCCUCUGGAUAACCACACGACCUGCAGCAGCCAAUCAGAUCCCUACUGACUGUGUUGACAUGGAGACAGAGGUCAGAGGGUUCACUGACCCUCAGAAGGAGGAGUACUUCAGGAAGAGAUUCAGAGAAGAGGAGCAGGCCGGCAGAAUCAUCUCCCACAUCAAGACAUCACGAAGCCUCCACAUCAUGUGCCACAUCCCAGUCUUCUGCUGGAUCUCUGCUGGAGUUCUGGAGAAGCUGUUGAAAACCAGAGAGGGAGGAGAGCUGCCCAAGACCCUGACUGAGAUGUACAUCCACUUCCUGUUGGUUCAGUCCAAAUGGACAAACGUCAAGUAUCAUGGGAAAUCUGAGAGAGAUCCACACUGGAGUCCAGAGAACAGGAAGAUGAUUGAGUCUCUGGGAAAACUGGCUUUUGAUCAGCUGCAGAAAGGAAACCUGAUCUUCUAUGACUCAGACCUGACAGAGUGUGGCAUCGAUAUGACAGCAGCCUCAGUGUACUCAGGAGUGUUCACACAGGUCUUUAGAGAGGAGAGAGGACUGUACCAGGACAGGGUGUUCUGCUUCGUCCAUCUGAGUGUUCAGGAGUUUCUGGCUGCUCUUCAUGUCCAUCUGACCUUCAUCAAGUCUGGACUCAAUCUCAUGGCAGAAGAACAAACAACCUCCCGACUGUCCACAGUCUACAGAGACAAACCUAAACCAAAACAUCUCUACCAGAGUGCUGUGGACAAGGCCUUACAGAGUCCAAAUGGACACCUGGACUUGUUCCUCCGCUUCCUCCUGGGUCUUUCUCUGGAGACCAAUCAAAGACUCCUCCGAGGUCUGCUGACACAGACAGGAAGUGGCUCACAGACCAAUCAGAAAACAGCCAAGUACAUCAAGAAGAAGGUCAGUGAGGAUCUCUCAACAGAGAGAAGCAUCAACCUGUUCCACUGUCUGAAUGAACUGAAUGAUCGUUCUCUAGUGGAGGAGAUCCAACGGUCCCUGAGAUCAGGAAGUCUCGCCUCAGAUAAACUGUCUCCUGCUCAGUGGUCAGCUCUGGUCUUCAUCCUACUGUCAUCAGAAACAGAUCUGGACGUGUUUGACCUGAAGAAAUACUCUGCUUCGGAGGAGGCUCUUCUGAGGCUGCUGCCAGUGGUCAAAGCCUCCAACAAAGCUCUGUUAACUGGCUGUAAGCUCUCAGAGAGAAGCUGUGAAGCUCUGUCCUCAGUCCUCAGCUCCCAGUCCUCUAGUCUGAGAGACCUGGACCUGAGUAACAACAACUUGCAGGAUUCAGGAGUGAAGCUUCUGUCUGUUGGACUGCAGAGUGAACUAUGUGAACUAAAAACCCUCAAGGUAACUGGCUGUAACCUGUCAGAGAGAAGCUGUGAAGCUCUGUCCUCAGUCCUCAGCUCCCAGUCCUCUUGUCUGAGAGACCUGGACCUGAGUAACAACUACCUGCACGAUUCAGGAGUGAAGAAGCUGUCUGUUGGACUGAAAAGUCCAAAUUGCAGACUGGAUACUCUCAGGCUGUCAAACUGUCUGAUAACAAUGUCUGGCUCCGCUUCUCUGGCCUCAGCUCUGAGCUCCAACCCCUCCCACCUGAGAGAGCUGGACCUGAGCUACAAUCAUCCAGGAGACUCAGGAGUGGAGCUGCUCGAGGAUCCAAACUGCAAACUGGACACUCUCAGGGUGGACCAUGGUGGAGAGCACAGGUUAACACCUGGUCUGAGGAAGUGUAAGUGUGGAUUACAUUUGACUAAUGAAGACAAAACAGCUUUAAAUACAAAGUUAAUAGUUGUGAUAUGUAUUCAUUAAAACAUGA